GAUUAAAACAAAAUGAGGAAGAACCUAACAGUGUCCGGCGCCGUCGUGAUCUUGGCCGCCGUCAUGGGCUCGGGCUCGGCCUCGGCCGCAUCACUCGUGACGUACAUUUUCGGGGACUCGUUGACGGAAGUGGGCAACAAUAAUCACUUGCAGUAUUCGCUAGCGAGAUCGGAUUAUCAAUGGUACGGUGUCGAUUUUCCCGGCGGUAAGGCCACCGGCAGAUUCACCAACGGCAGGACCAUCGGUGAUAUCAUAUCUGAGAAGCUUGGGAUUCCAUCGCCGCCGCCUUAUCUGUCGCUGUCACAAAACGACGACGCAUCGUUUCUCAGCGGAAUUAACUACGCCUCCGGAGGAGCUGGAAUUCUCAACGAGACCGGCCUUUAUUUCAUACAAAGAAUGACAUUUGACGAUCAGAUAAAUUAUUUUAAAAAGACGAAAGAAAUAAUUAGAUCCAAAAUCGGAGAUACCGCAGCCAACAAGCAUGUUAAUGAUGCCAUGUUCUUCAUCGGCAUUGGAAGCAAUGAUUAUGUGAACAAUUUCUUGCAGCCAUUCAUGGCAGAUGGGCAGCAAUACACACACGAUGAUUUCGUAGAACUUCUUGUUUCAACCCUAAAUACUCAGCUCACGAAACUGUACCGAUUGGGAGCGAGGAAGUUGGUAUUCCACGGUUUAGGCCCAUUGGGCUGCAUCCCUUCACAGAGAGUCAAAUCCAAGAAGGGCACGUGCCUCACACGUGUAAACGAGUGGGUCCUACAAUUCAACUCGAGAUCUCAGAAGCUUCUAGAAGAACUCAACAAACAUCUCCCCGGAGCUAAAUUCGUGUUCGCCGACACUUACCCCGCCGUUCUCGACCUCAUCGACCAUCCCAUCCGUUACGGGUUUAAGAUAUCGGACAAGUCGUGCUGCAACGUGGACACAAGCAUUGGAGGGUUAUGUCUUCCGAGUUCAAAGCUUUGUGGUAAUCGAAAAGACUAUGUAUUUUGGGACGCAUUUCAUCCGUCGGAUGCGGCCAAUCAAAUCCUAGCCGAUAAACUCUUCUCCGCCCUUCUCUCUUCUCCAUCUCCAUCUCCAUCUCCAUCCCCAAAUCCCCAUUAAAAGAAUUGUAUCUCCAAGUAAUAAUAUCUCUUAUGAGCUUUGUUCUC